AACGACGUGCUGUUGGAGACAUUGAUCGAGAGCGGGAUGCCGGAUGGCCGUUCGGAGAUGGAGACCUGUCCCCUGGAGAUCUUUCAGUUCUUUCUCUUGUUUCCUCCCGGGGACGAGAAGAUGAGCGAGAGUCACGAC